GGGAGGGUUCUCCGGUCGGCUGCCGGUGACGCCAUCACGCCGGCUCGCGACGCCACGCGCGGCCCCUGGCGCAGCGCGGCCAUGGUGGAGGGGGAGAGGCCGCGGACGCUGCUGCGGCUGGUGCAGGAGGCCCGGCUGGACUCCCUGCGGGAUGAGCUGCAGCAGGACCCCAGCUUGGGCCCAGCCCUGCAGAGCCAGCGCUACGGGCGCCUGCGGGACACGCUGCUGCACCACGCUGCCCGCUAUGGGCACCAAGAGGUCCUCGCCUACCUGGUAGAGGUGUUGGAGAUGGAUGUGGAGGUGUCCAAUAGUGACUACAAGAGACCUCUCCACGAAGCGGCCUCCAUGGGCCAUAGGGAGUGUGUCUCCUACCUCCUGGAGAGAGGAGCAAGUGUGGACUGCUUGAAAAAGGCAGACUGGACUCCCUUAAUGAUGGCUUGCACCAGGCCAAACCUGGAAGUGAUCAAAGCUCUGGUGGAGCACGGAGCCAACCCACUGCUGAAGAAUAAGGAUGGCUGGAAUUGCUUCCACAUUGCCAGCCGGGAGGGUCAUCCCCAUGUCCUCCAGUAUCUGCUGGAUGUGUCCCCAAGCAGCUGGGACACAGAGAGCACCAUAAAGAGAACUCCUCUGCACACAGCAGCGAUGCACGGCUGCCUGGACGCUGUGGAGCUGCUUCUGGAGCGAUGCCAGUACAAACCUGACAGCAGAGACAGAUGUGGAGUCACUCCCUUCAUGGAUGCCAUCCAGAAUGGGCAUGUUGACAUCGCCCGGCUGCUCCUGGAAAAACACCAGGCCAGUCCUUCAGCCGUGGAUGCUGUGGGUGCUCAGGCUCUGCACCGGGCAGCUGUGACAGCCCAGGACGAAGCCAUCCAGUUCCUUGUCUCGGAGCUGGGUGUCGAGGUCAACGAGAGAGCAACCCCCCUCCAGCUCACAGCUCUGCACUAUGCAGCUAAGGAAGGACACGCACACACCAUCCAGACACUGCUGUCCCUUGGCGCUGAUGCCCAAGCAAAGGAUGGGAAAAGCCGUUCAGCCAGAUCUUCCUGCUCAACCUCUGUCCAGGCCAACCUCAGCAUUUCCACUGUCUGUACAUCCAGACGGACGUCAUUCCAGUCCUCCAAGACAAUCUGCAGUUGCCAACAAGGCUGUCUGUCCCAUCCUGACUUGCCUGUGUGUCAUGGACUUGUCCAACAGGGAUUGAUGAUGGUGGAUCAUACAGAUCAGUGGUUGUCUGAUCUCAACGAAGCCAAAUGCAAGGUCUUGCAGCUAGAGUGGGUAAAUGCCCAGGAUCAGGCCAGGAUGGAGGAGGAAGCAGCUCUGUGGAGAAGGACUUGGGGAUUCUGGUGGGUGAAAAGCUGGACAUGAGCUGACACUGUGUGCUCCUAGCCCAGAGCCUAUCUGUCCUGGGGCUGAUCCCCAGCAGCUUGAGCAGCAAGUGCAGGUUGGUGAUUCUGCUCCCCUGCUGUGCUCUGCUGAGACCCCACCUGCAGUGCUGGGGCCAGCUCUGGAGUCAGCACAGGACAGACAUGGACCUGUUGGAGUGGGGCCAGAGGAGGCCACAGCAGUGAUGGGAGAGCUGGAAGUCCUCUGCUGUGAGGCCAGAUAGAGAGGUGUGGUUGUUCAGGUUGGAGAACAGAAGGCUCCAAGGAGACCUUCUGGUGGCCUUUCAGGGCUGAAAGGGGCCAAGGAGAAAGCUGGGGACAGACUUUUACAUAAGAGGCUGUUGUGACAGGACAAGGGGUGAUAGUUUGAACUACAAGAGAGAGAUGUAAACUAGAUAGAGAAGGUGGUGAGACCUCAUCCCAGGUUGCCUAGAGAGGUGGUAAAGGCCCCCAUCCCUAGAACCAUUCCAGGUCAUACUGUUUGAGGUUCUGAGCAAUCUGUUCUGGUUGCAGAUGUCCCUGCUGACAGCAGGGAAGCUGAACUAGAUGACCUUUAAAGGUCCUUUCCAACCCAACGCCUUCUGUGCUUCUAAAUACUGAAAGCCAUUUAAAAGGAGCUGCACUGCUCCCAUCCAAGCCACCAUGGUAGGGUUUUGACAACGUGAUGGAACUUGUCAUACUUCUUCAUCACUCCCAGCAUGUUGCCCUCUGUUGUGUGCCCUGGUAGGCCUGUAGGACUCAGCCAUCUGACCACAUUAAGAUGUCUUAAGCUCUGCAAGUGUCUAAUCCAUGCCUGGCAGCCCUGAGGCAUGUAAGCAGCUUUGCCACUGCGUACGUGCUCCUUGCCCGGCUCCUUCCCCAGGAUGUGGCUCCAUGGGGCCUUAAAACCAGUCUGCAACUGGGAAAUUCCUGCCUAGCUACAAGGAAGUGGUGGGUGGAGGAGACUGGGUAGAGACAAGGAUUAAAAAAAACCCACUUAGAUGUUUGUUAAAAAGCAAAAAAGGAGGCUCAGAGCUGAAGAAGGUCCUGGCUCUGUUGUGUUGGUGCUGGGCUGUGGUUUGGUGGUGGAUGGGGGGGGAUUUCCUGCAGCCAGUGUGAGCCUGGGGGACAGCAGAAAGUCUUCUUGGGGUAUUUUUUGGGGCAGAAAGAAGGAAAUGCAAGAGGGACUGUGUGUGAGAAGUGAAAGUGGCAUUUGGGAAGUAGAAGAGCGUCAAGAAGUGUGGUUUCAUUGUGAUCAUUAAAGUGCUGGAGUUAGAAGUGA